CUCCGCCCAACUCCAGCCGAGAUUGCGUGGGCUCAGCCCAGUCCACCUGCCGUGACCGUCCCCCUUUCGUUGCCUGCCCGACUCGUCGCCACUCUCAUUCCGCCCCAUUCCUCCUCCUCCUCUUCCCCACCCCCGCGCCCCGCUGGCUGAGCCCGGCCCGCUCCUUCCCCUCGCUCGGCGCUUCCCUCCGCCCGGCGGAGGCUGGCAGGGGGAUGACGUCACCGGAUCAGGCUGACCGGCAAUGGGCGCCAUUUUGAAACCCCCAAACCUCCGGCGGCGGCGGCGGCGGCGCUGGCGGUGGCGGCCGCCACAGCAGCAGCAACAGCGGCGGUGCUGAUAGCGGCUCGCAUCCGGUCGCGGCCGGUUCCUCCUCCCUGCGGGCCCUGCAGCCCGGUCGCCGCCCGGCACACACCACGCGACAUGGCAGCAGGGGUGGCCGGCGGCGGAGGCGGCAGCAACGAUUUCCAGUGGUGCUUCUCCCAGGUGAAGGGGGCGAUCGACGAGGACGUGGCGGAAGCUGACAUUAUCUCAACAGUUGAAUUUAAUUACUCUGGCGAUCUUCUUGCAACAGGAGACAAAGGUGGUAGAGUGGUUAUAUUUCAAAGGGAACCAGAGAAUAAAAGCCGUCCUCAUUCAAGGGGAGAAUAUAAUGUUUACAGUACAUUUCAGAGUCAUGAACCUGAGUUUGACUACUUGAAAAGUCUAGAAAUUGAGGAAAAAAUUAAUAAAAUUAGGUGGUUACCACAACAGAAUGCUGCUCACUUCUUAUUAUCUACAAAUGAUAAAACUAUUAAAUUAUGGAAAAUCAGUGAAAGGGAUAAAAGAGCUGAAGGUUAUAACUUGAAAGAUGAAGAUGGAAGACUUCGGGAUCCAUUUAGAAUCACAGCACUACGGGUGCCAAUAUUGAAACCCAUGGACCUAAUGGUAGAAGCAAGUCCCCGAAGGAUAUUUGCAAAUGCACACACGUAUCACAUAAACUCUAUUUCAGUAAAUAGUGAUCAUGAAACAUACCUUUCUGCAGAUGACCUAAGAAUCAACCUGUGGCAUUUAGAAAUCACAGAUAGAAGUUUUAACAUUGUAGAUAUAAAACCUGCUAACAUGGAGGAAUUGACAGAGGUGAUAACUGCAGCUGAGUUCCACCCUCAUCACUGUAAUGUGUUUGUCUACAGCAGUAGCAAAGGAACUAUACGGCUCUGUGAUAUGCGUUCUUCAGCUCUCUGUGAUAGACAUUCAAAAUUCUUCGAGGAGCCUGAAGAUCCCAGCAGCAGGUCAUUCUUUUCAGAAAUUAUUUCCUCGAUAUCAGAUGUGAAAUUCAGUCACAGCGGUAGAUACAUGAUGACCAGAGACUACCUUUCGGUUAAAGUAUGGGAUCUCAAUAUGGAAAGCAGGCCUGUAGAGACAUAUCAGGUUCAUGAAUAUCUUCGAAGCAAGCUUUGCUCAUUGUAUGAAAAUGACUGCAUCUUUGACAAGUUUGAAUGCUGCUGGAAUGGUUCUGAUAGCGCUAUUAUGACUGGCUCAUACAACAACUUCUUUAGGAUGUUUGAUCGAAACACACGGCGAGAUAUUACACUAGAAGCAUCAAGAGAGAGUAGCAAACCCCGUGCCAUCUUAAAGCCCCGGAAAGUGUGUACGGGCGGCAAGAGAAAGAAAGAUGAAAUAAGUGUUGACAGUCUGGACUUCAACAAGAAGAUCCUUCAUACAGCAUGGCACCCUGCAGAGAACAUCAUUGCUGUAGCUGCCACCAAUAACUUGUAUAUAUUCCAGGACAAAAUUAAUUAAAGACGGCUUAUUCGAGGACAAAGGUGUCGUCUUGCAUAGUUAAGCUCAGUUGUUUAUCUGUCAGAGAGAUGGCCUUGUUGUCCUCCCAGUAAAGAACAUUGAUGCACUUAUUUCCCUUUAUAGGUAAAGGAGAGAAGCUGGCCUGGACUUGAGUUCAUGGUGUAUUUCUGCCUUCAGUGAGCGGGAACAUGGAAUUGAAUUUUUGUAAAUGAAAAAAGCCCACUAGAAGCAGAAUUGAUGGACAAUACUCAAUAAAGGCCAAUAUUCAAAACAAAUGUAUUUAUUUAAGUCUGAGCCUUCCUUUCCAGUUGAUAGACCAAAAAUCUAACACCCAAGAAACAAAUUGUCAUAAAAAAUGUAAUUUCUAUCUCACGUGCUCUUUACCUGCUGUAAUAUUUGGGCCUUUCAAAACAUAUAUUUGUGCUUUAUGCCUGUAAACAUUCUUUCUCUGGCCUUCAUCUAAACAUUGGGUGUUUCCACCUUUGAGCAUAUAGGUAAGUCCAGAGUUGGGUGCAUAGACAGGUUUUUCAUGUAUAUUUACUCACCAACUGUAUCUAUAACCACACCUUCUGGUGUAAACCACUUAAUAAAAUAACAAACUAUAAAAAGUGUUUUUAAAUCUGAAAGUAUGUAUUCAGUCUUUUUUAUUGCAUGUAUUGAGAUUGUGCAAAAUAACUCUGGAAAGAUUUGAAAAUAGUUUGUCCCCAAAAUAUUGAUUUUGACAGUAUAAGCAGUUUCAUGUGAUAUCUGCUACUUCAAACUCUAAAUUUAAAUUUUCCUCUAGUUGUCAUUACCUUAACUUGUACUGGUUUUCUGGUUUUUUGGUUUUUUUUUUAAAGGCAUCACACAGUGUGCACAGAAGAGGAAAUUGAAAAGAUUAAUUUAAAGCUCUUAAACAGCCUUAAAGGAGCAAGAUUGUCUCGUAUAUCAAUACCUUCAUCAAAAUUACUGUUCUCGUUAACAGUUAAUGCCUCACAAGUGAGAUACAUGCCUUAAUGUGCAUUACUUUUGUACCUUUAGUCCUUUGUGUUGAAGCGUAUACAAUUUAAAUAACUUCAACUGGGCAUGGGCAUAGGCAUACAAAAAUUCCCCACUUCAGUUCAAGCUUGUAUGUUUUUAAACUUGAUUAUGCCAAACAGGAGCACAACUUAAACAUGUUUUAUCUCUUACUCUGGUUCUUCGACACCAGGUGGUCAGGCUGCCUUAGCGCUGAAUACGGAUGUGAAAAUACAUUUGUAGACUUUUGAGUUUCCACUGGCGAUAGCGGGCUAAGGGAAAGUAUCACUUUAAUCUCUCUCUCCGAAAGAACACAUGAUCCACUUCCAAUGUUUCAUUGUAACUUCUCUGGGUGUAAACUUGUACACGCAAAUAGACAUGGGCACAUUUUAAUAGCAUCAAGGAUUUAGGUACUACUACCUCCAAACUUGCUAGAAAAUGUGCCUACAAAACCCCACCUUGAAAUUAGGCCCUUUGAGCUUCCUGGAUAAAAUACAGAUGUACAGUUCACACUCCAUUUUUAAUAAAAUGAAGGUUUAAUAUGAUUAGAAAAGUCUGAUAUGGAUAUGCAAGAGCAACAUGCCUCUGUUCCUACCCUGUCAAUUAACGUCCAUAGAGUGCCACUCUUGUUCGCGAUAAGCUAAUAAAUACUAAUUUGGGGGUUAUAAAGUUUAAAUAAAAAAUCAUAUACUGUAUAUCAGUUGUGACACUAUUUGCAAAUCUUGAAAUGUGGAACGCAUAGGUCAUUUAACCAUUAGAUUGACUUUGUUCCUUAAAAAAGAAAUUCAUGAGAGCUAAUACCAUGGGAUUGUACAUAAUUGUUCAAUUAUUUUGACCAAAAAGUUUAAUAAAUUUUAAAUGUUUACCUGAA